AUGAUGAUGUCCUGCUUCUACACGAGCGACAAGUCGGACGCGCGUCCGAACAUGUACCACAGCCACGAUAAACUGCUGCUGGCAAGACGUGCCGGAGACAAAUCUCUGCAUGCGAACGAGCCUCAGCGCAACCUCACUUCACCAGCUACAGAGAGCGCGGAGUGUGACAGCGCUUCGGACCCCCAAGAGGACUUAUUGUAUGGUGAUGAAGUCUGUCUGGUAGCCGACGAGAGCCUCUCUGAAGAUUCGGAGGAAGUAGUGAAGCAGCUGCUUCCUGAUAAGAAGGAGUGGGAGAAGGACACCCUACCGGGGUCCUUCUUUGCGAUGGUUCAUCGCUACUUUGCGUUGCUCGAGCUCCUUGGCGCAGAAGACGAAGGCAGUAUUGAGUACGUGUACUCUCUCCAGUCGAUCUACACAACCAAGUACGCUCAUAGACGCUUCAAGACUCGCUACGCACGCAGCUCAUUGCGGACCAUUCCAGCAUUUGUCGCCUAUAUCGCGGACCAUCUACGGUACGAACCCUCAGUGGCGGUUGGGAUGAGUUCGCAGAAGACUCAGCGACCCUUGGAAGGCACUUUCACCGUCUGGGACAGGGCGCGGACCGUUAAAGAUGCUCAUGCGACGGUGCAGACGACGCUUGGCAUGCAAGAAGAUCCAUAA